AUGCUAUGCUUUUGGUAGCAGACAGAUUAGAGGGACCAUUCAACAUUGAAUCUGUUAUGGAUCCUAUUGAUGUCAAGAUUUCCGAAGCCAUCAUGAACAUGCAAGAAAACAGUGUACACGUGACAGCAAAGGUAUCAAACACAUUGUUGCUACUAAAUGCCUCAGCUAGAUAUCAAACUCUACCAUUGCUUCUUUAGAAAUUUGGUUGUUUCUUUCCUUAAAUAUCCAGAUGACCCAAAACCAGGAAAUCACCAUGGGCAGGAAAAAAAAGAGGGGAGAAACUCCAGGUGCUUGCCAUAUGAUUUAUUCUAUGAAAUGAGGUAGUAAAGGAUAGAGCAAAAUAAGGCUAUGAGAAUCUAUUACAUUAGUUGCUUUGCUAUCCCAUUUCUUAUGUAUGUUAUUGGUAUAUUUAUAGUGUGUUCCUCCUACUCCUCGAGGAAGGAUUUGUUCUGAAAUGUGUCAGGCUUAGAGUAAGUGUUAUUUUAAGCAUCUGGAGCAUUUUCCUCUAUUUUUUCUGAAAGGUCUGGCCUGAAAUCUGCUUUCUGAGCUUCUGAAGUCCUGUGCAGGGGCUGGAAUGAAGGCAUGAAGAGGCUUGAACUCUCAGUAGGUCUUCAGCAGGCAAUCAAGGGGUCUCAAGCAGGGAUCCUGCCUGUGCAACAAAUCAAAGGAGGGAAUGGCACAAAAAGACCAUCCACACCAACAGAGGAAAUUUCAUUACAGUGGUACCUUGGUUCUCAAACUUAAUCCGUUCCGGAAGUCCGUUCCAAAACCAAAGUGUUCCAAAACCAAGGUGCGCCUUCCCAUAGAAAGUAAGGCAAAAUGGAUUAAUCCAUUCCAGACUUUUCAAAGCAACCCCUAAAACAGCAACUUGACAUUAAUUUUACUGUCUAACGAGACCACUGAUCCAUAAAGUGAAAGCAAUAAACAAUGUACUGCAGUCACACAAUCAAUCAGUCGGUAGCUGAACUGGGUUCCACACUGUCACAAAAACAAGAAAAAGCUGCAAAAACGCAAAAGAAAUAGCAAAAACAGACAGACCUCAGAACAGAAGUGUGGCACUCAAACGGGAAGCAUAACACUCAAAAUGGAGCAUGUUCUGCUUCCGAGAAAGGUUUGCAAACCGGAACACACACUUCCGGGUUUGCAGGGUUUGGGUUCCAAGUUGUUUGAGUACCAAGGCGUUUGAGAACCAAGGUACCACUGUACACCAAUAGUCAAGAGUGGGUCAAGUUGUACUUCCAGAUUCCCACAAAAGCUUCUGGACCAUGCCUGUUCACUGGGCUAGAAAAUACAGAGGUUACAGUCUUGCUGUCAGGGAGAGGCAAACGGGAAAAGAUGGAAGGACAGGAACCAGCAGUUAUAGAGAGCCUAAAGAGAUUAUCAGUAGCUUGUCAUCUGACAGUGGGUCUGACGUAGAGGGGGAGGAGGAUGAGCCUGGCACAAGUCAUUCGGUACACAGAGGAAGUAAGGGGAGGAGUUUUCGCAGACUUGCAUGCUGGGUGCAGAAAAGGAAGAAGAUUAGAGGGAGCAACUGCGCACAAGGGGAAGGACGCUAAUUGAAACGCUGGAGAUGUACGUUUGAACUUUGUCAAAUAAAUCAAAUAGUUUGGAACUGGCCGGGAGCCCGGAGUCUUAUCUAUGCCAGCUGGACAGCUUUAAGCCUCUGACACUUGCUACAUGUUGCUAGCUGUGGAUUGCUCUUUCUUGUCCCUCACUAGACCUUUGCCUUGUUCCUCCCAUAAUAUAACAAGAAAAUGUUGCAACAGGUCCCCAACUUUAUUAAAACAGCCUUCAAAAACCAAUUACCAUAUUUGUAACACUCCAUCCAGACAGUUGAAGGGCAUGCAUGUGGGAGUUAGCCCAUCUUACAAUUGGUCCUUUUCCCCCAAUAUAAUUUUAAUUGAAUUUCCAUUUUUUUUUACAAAUUGACUUCAAAUUAAAAACUUGAUUCAGUUUGCAUUUACACUGAUUCACACUUUGCGAAGCAUUACAUGAACCAAAACGCACCGUUCUUCAAAAUUUGCACUUCUCCGAAUUUUGCAAUUCAGUUCGGCCAACUAAUGCAUACAAAAAUGCAGAUACCAAUGUAAAGUGUGCAUAAAAAUGCAUGCAUUCAUGAAAACAACAUACAAAAAUGAAUUGCAUUGGACAAACUGUGUAUUAGGCAACUUUGCAUGUGUCUUAGGAGACAUUUGCACUAAAAUGAUUUUUAAAAAUGAGAGCUGUGGAGGGUGUUCCCACAUUUCACCCCAUCAGUUUCUUAAUAUUUUGUAGGUUGGGAGAACCAGCUUUUAUUUACCACUGCUGAUUCACUUUCUAAUGGCUGGGAACUAUUUUUCUGUCCUAUACUGUUUACCAAUGUUUUUUAACAGUAGCUUGGUAAUUUAGGUGUGAUUUUGUGAUGCAAAAUCAGCCAGACACACUUUUUAGAAUUAAUAUAGUCUUUAUUUAUUUGUAAACUAUAAAGAUAUAAGGACUUGAUCACUCUCAGGGUCUCUUACAACUUUACAAUUCUGCAAUUCUACUAGGGGUUUUUUUAUAAAAAAAGUCAAAUAAGACUCUCUCUCUUUAUUUAAUAAAUUGUCCUAGCUAAAGAGCAGCUACUAAUACUAUAGUUGACAUGGUACCAGAAUCAAUACAGCCAACCUGUACUGCUUUGCAAACACACCUUAUAAACAUAUUUUGCAAGGGAGGUGAGCUGAAGGGAGGGGGGACAACAACAUGAAGAGCAGGCUUAGAACUACAUUUAACUGUAUUUACAAAACUUGCAAUCUCUCUUCUCCCUAGUUUUCUUAAAAGUUAUUUAAGGCUUAGUUAUAGAUGAUGUAAUAAGGUUACUGUGUGGAUGCUACUUUUGAGCAAAUAAAGUGAUAUUAGGACAGAAAAAACGUGUGGGACUUCUUUUACUGCCCUUUCAACACGGACGCUGUGCAAUUCUGCUAACUGCUUUACGACCUGCAGAGGCACGCAGGGGAAGCGGGCCGGACGCCGAACAAUAAAGCAAUAAAUCUACCUAACAGUUACUGUAGCUUUAAGUGACAGUUGCAGAGGCUUACAUGAUGGCUGAUAAAACCUAGUUCCUAACCUUGUUUACUGUAUUUUUCGCUCCAUAGGGCGCACCGGACCAUAGGGCACACCUAGUUUUUAGGGGGGGAAAUCAAGGGGGGAAAUCUUAUUUUUUCCCCCAGCCCCAAAGAGCAGCGUACAGGCUGCGUGCAACCUCUUCCUGCCGGGGGGGUUGCGUGCGGCUAUGGCACAAGCCAAGGCAGCCAGCGGGAUGGAUCCCGCUGGCUGAUUUGGCUUCCUCUUUAGCCCCACGCAACCUCUCCCUGCCGCGGGGCUGCGCGCGGCUAUCCCUGAAGCCUGGAGAGCGAGAGGGGUCGGUGCACACUGACGCCUCUCGCUCUCCAGGCUUCAGCGAAAGCAACGUGAAGCCUUUGGAGCGCGGAGGGAGCACUGCCUCUGCGCUUCGGAGGCUUAGCGUUGCUAUCGCUGAAGCCAAGGAGCCUGCAUUCGCUCCAUAGGACGCACACACAUUUCUCCUCAAUUUUUGGAGGGGGGGAAAUGCGUCCUAUAGAGCAAAAAAUACGGUAAUUUAUACGCCAUUUACCCAUAUUCAGUGCUUUUUUCAGGGGGGGUACACAGGGAUAUGCAUACCCCUAAACAUUUUGUGAAUCUUCAUACUUUUGUCCAUUUACUGUAUUUAUUUUUCCCAAUUUGAACUAUAAAAUGGAGAUUUUCUUGAGUCAAAAUGAGAGCACCCCUAAACAUUUUUUUUAGAAAAAAGCACAGCCCAUACUUACCCAUAUUCCUUCUUCCCUAGUCAAUCUCACCACAAGGUCCUGUAGACUUGUUUCCUUUGAGCCAGGCUUGCAUGAAGUUCUCACUCUGGUCAGCUCCAGAAGCUCCUUGUUGAAUUCUCCUCACUAUUUAGCAUCCUUAUAUGGCCUCACUGCCAAUCUUCAUCUUCAGGGCAGGCUGUAGCUCCAACUUCCUUCAGCCUAGGUUGUCUCUUGCCCUCCUUCCACCUACUUCUGCCCCAGACUUCUCUCUCAGCUUCUUAAUCUCAGCCAGUCUCAGUCUCACCCUCCGUCUUGUUCAGCAACUUUGGUCACUCAACAGUAUGAAUUAUGUCCCAGCCAGUCUAUCCUUCGACCAGAUUUGGGUGGCAUUGAUUUCUCCCCACUCAUCAGACCACCUCAACUGUCCAAUGAGUGACCAGGCAUUUGAGCCCAAAUGACCAAUCAAAAGUUUAUCAAAAAGGACCAAGUUUCCCCAGACCAGCCUGAGGUACUUACAUGGCAGCCAACUGUCAGCUGUCAACAGAUAUUUAAUAUUUUAAUCUAACCCUUACAGGGCCUCCCACCAUGUACAGUGGUACCUCGGGUUAAGUACUUAAUUCGUUCCGGAGGUCCGUUCUUAACCUGAAACUGUUAUUAACCUGAAGCACCACUUUAGGUAAUGGGGCCUCCUGCUGCCGCUGCGCCACUGGAGCACGAUUUCUGUUCUCAUCCUGAAGCAAAGUUCUUAACCUGAAGCACUAUUUCUGGGUUAGCGGAGUCUGUAACCUGAAGCGUAUGUAACCUGAAGCGUAUGUAAGCUGAGGUACCACUGUACACACUCUUUUUCUAACUAAACCCAACUGUUUGCUUAAACAAAUUUUAAAAGGUAUUUUCUCCAAAAGGCCUUUAAAAAAGAUGUGGGGAAGUGAACUUAGGUUCAGAAAAAAAAUGAGAAAUUGAGAGAAACCAAAAUUGACAGAUUCACCCAUCCCUAAAGAUGGAGGAGGGUUUCUUGAAACAGUUGGUGGUUUCCUUAAGAGCUGAUAGCAUGUGUUCCCCUCCUGGGCUUUUCUUUAGCAGCGUUCACCUGAAGGUGCACAGAUCUCCCCCAAACCCCAACACCAUAUAUCAGGAUGUAUCUAUUCCGCUCUCCUGUCUACUUAGAAGAGCCCUAGGGCUGCAGACAAUGCAGCUUUGUUUUAUCAAUGCAGAAAUUCCCAGGUUUCAGCUCUCCACGUUGGCAAAACCUUUUCUGACAAGCUUGUUGCUAGCUAGUACUCAGACGGAGGUCAUUCACGUCAGCCUGAAUCAAAGGCCCUUAACAUCUAAUAUGACAUAUGAAUAUGACAAAUGGUUAUUCAUCUAGAUCUGCAUACCUCAAGCCUGAACUGAAUGGGGCUUAUCCAGCUCCAAUCUAGAUUUCCUAUAUGUUGACUACCUUUCAAAAUAUAACAUGUGGAAAGUGAUUAAACGAAGCAUCCGCUGCGCUCAAUUUUAAAACCAUUCAGGAGCAUGACAUUAUAUUCUACAGCCUCCAAAUACGCUAUUUUAUUCUGGCAGAACUCUGUCUUUAUUCUGACACAUCACUAAGUAGAAUCAAUGAGAUCAAUUUCCUCCUUUUCAUUUUUAACCCCAUUGUCUCCCCCACCUAUUACGCCAGCCAUAUUGAGGCUGCUGUCACACAAUCACCUUAGCAAUAUGCCCACUCCUUCUGCAUUGUUUUCACCUUCAGUUUAUGUAGAUUGUGUUGCUCAUAAUUCUUUGGUGCACACUUGAAUGCAAGAGACUGGUCCUUACAGCUUCUUAGCCAAAGUGAAGCCUGCUCCCCUUGAUCUAGCAGUGGCUUACUGAACAACUGUAUAGCUUUUCUCCGUUUGGUGGGUCUCAGAAAACACACCAGGAAGACUUGAUGCAAAUGCCUCUUCACCAAACACAAAUAAGGCUUAAACAGAUGGGAGCUGGAGUGGUAGUGGCUAAGUUUUAAACAGAACUCCAUUUAGUUCCAAAAACAAGUUACACUCCUUUAAGAAAAUAACACCUGAAACAGAACACUUGCCAGUGCAGUCCAUUCACACAUUUGGCUGCCAGUUAGGUGUAGAAAAAUCAAGUGAAUGGCCUAAGGAAGUCAGUGAAUCCCCUGAGCAAUCUGAGCCAUAAUUUCAUGGGUUUUGAUUUUUACCUCAAAUGUUGUCCUUUCAUUGAGGUUGCUUUUUGUUCAUUGAAAAAAAUAGGUAGCCAGUGAGUAAAAGCAAUGUUUUCAAGGCUGUUUGAUAAUUAUGUUGGAAUGUACUUAGACUCACUAAGACUUAAAAUUUAAGACUUAAAUGUACACAUUUAAGAAACUACCCAGUCUUUGUGCAGUUCCAAGAAAGAAAGAAAGAAAGAAAGAACCCAGAGAAGGUCUUGAAAGGGAUAACUAUAUGAUCCUUGAGACAGUCCAUGCUCUGGUAAUUUUUGUUCAUGCUUUUGAGUAGCAAGCUGGGGGGGAAAUAGUCAAAAAACAAAGGUAUUGAUUAGUGUCAAUGAAAGCCAAAAUAGAGCCAUUCAAGUAUUUUGAACUCAGACCUACAUAUUGCAUGUGUGAGGUAUCUGUUUCGAUGUAGAUGACACAACUUGAAAUCCAGUUCAUGUAACUUGGUGCUUAGACAAUAAAAUUCACAAGUAUAACACAUCGAGUCAGUAACAAAAAAUCUGCUUAUUCAAUUGUUGUUGAUGAUGCUGUUGAUCAAUCACUUUGACCAGGUUAUCAAAGUUAUCCAUGUGAAAUUGAGACCCAGGAAUAAGAUGCUGCUAGAUUCAAUUCUUAGUGAACCUUUGGAGUAAUUUAGCAUGGUUCUUGCAGGUCUUUCAAGGAUGUGGACAGCCUAAACCAGCUCCAGCUUUAAGAUCCUCUCGCUCUGUUCCGGAUACCUUUAAUACUCGCUUUCGACCCUAUAAUCCUGAGGAAAGACCAACAACAGCUGCUGGUACAAGUUUGGACAGGCUG